CAAAUAAAAACAUUAAAAAUUAAAACACUUGUAAAAAAUAUAUUAAGUUGUGUUGUGAUUUUGAUUGAAUUCGAAGAAAAAAAUGAGUAUUAUUUUUAAAAAUUUGAUGUUAUUUCGUAAAGGCUUUCAAUUGAAAAAAUCAUAUAUCAAUUUUGCGUCACAUUUUACAAAUCAACCACUUUUUAAUCAUAAUGAACAAAUGGAAAUUCUGAAGACGAUAUCAGGAAACACAAAUUGUGAUUGGACUGAAUUAAAAAAGAAUGUGUUGUGCAAACAGGGUGCUUUAAACCAGAAGAAUAUUGAUGCUGUUAUAUUAAAAGCCCUGGUUACUAAAAAAAAAUUUGAUAUUGCUUUAUCUUUUGCUAAUUAUUUAAAAUCCUCUAAAAAAGAAUUAUCAUUAGGGGCAAUUAAUGGUCUUUUAAAUCUUUAUUACGAAUACGCAAAAAAUAAUGACUUAUCAAAUGAAGAAAAAGAGUUCAUUUUAGAUACAUACAACAGUUUGUACAAUAAAUACAAAGUGCUAGAUACUUCUACUUGUGAAAAAUUACUACACGCUCUUUGUUCCAUAAAUGAGUGGAAAAAAUGUAUGAAAAUCCUAGAUGAUAUAAAUUUAACAGGAACUCCAAGUCAUUCAGCUUAUAGUAUUUUAGUAGCUACAUUAUUUAAAAAUAACAAAAGAACUGAAGCCUUAAAAAUGAGUGAAAGAUGUACACAAGAUAAUAGACCGCUUCAAGAUAUCGCCUUCGAUGAAUGGAUUAAGUAUAUAUUUAGAAAAUAUAAGGAUAAGGAUGUUUUAUUGAAAUAUCUAAAUGAAUUGUGUUUAUACAUAUCAAACAACAUUGCAGUUGUAUCUGUUGUAACUGCUCAGAAGUUGAAAGAAUCAUUCGAAUAUUUAAAUUGGGAUGGAAACAUGACAGAAAUAAACCAACAUAGCGGUAAGUGUAAAUGCUGUAAUGAAACAUUAGAUUGCCUGAAAUUAUCUGAAGAAGAAUUUAGUAUGUUACAAAAAAAUGUCAAAGAUAAAUUAAUAGUUGGUUCAGAUCUGUUUCUGAAAACAUCACCCGAUGAAUUGAAAAGAUUUUUAAAUUUCGUCGAUAAAACUGCUCCAUAUGAUGUAGUUUUAGAUGCUCUAAAUAUUGCUUAUACUGUCGGUAAAAAUGACAUCAGUGAAAGAAUAAGAGUUAUCGGGACCGUUAUAGAUUAUUUUGCACAGAAAAAAAUGAGGAUACUUCUUCUUGGUAGAAAACACAUGCUAAAAUGGAGAAAGUUCAAUUUUGUGAUAAGAAAUACUGAAAGUUUCUUUAUUGAUAAUAUUUCACAGGAUGACCCCUAUUUUAUAACAGCAGCGAUUUUAAGCGGCGCUCAUACAGAUAUAGUAUCGCGAGAUUUGCUCCGAGGUCACAGGUUUCUAAUGAAACAGGACCAGUUGAAACAAUUGUUUCAGAGGUGGCAGUGGCAGCACCAGUGGAUGGUAUUUGUGCCUUCAUAUAAACCAGUGAUUCAGGCACCUUUAAAGUUUACGCCCAUUGCACAGAAAAAUAGAAACGGGUGGCAUUUACCAUAUAUUUCGGAUAAAACAGCAACUUUAGGACAAGUAAACAAUGGAAUUCCAGAUUGUUCAUCUUGGCUCUGCUUAAGACAAAAAUCUGUUAAUUAAUAAAUUUAGUUUAUUUUUUUGGUAAUAUUUGUUGUAGCUUAAUUUUUUAAAUUAAUUGUAUAUUU